UUAUAGAAUAUAUUAACGUGUAGUAUUAUUUUUCUUGUUGAAAAUGGUAGCUAAUAAUAUUUUUGAACGUAUAUCAGUGUGUUUAGAAUAUUAUUUAUUGCAAAUUGUGUAAAAAUCGUUCGUAUAUGUACCGGUCUUACAACCUUCUGUUGUUAUUUAAAUUGGGUUUAAUUUUAAAAUAUUUACUAUGAAUAAGAUUUAUAAGCCUGGCGAAUGUGUAAAGUAUAUACAUGUAGAACUGCACCCAGUAUUAGCAGACGCCUGGUACUGUGCAGACAUACGGCGGGAGGUGACUGCUGUGGGGGCUCAUGUGGACACGGCUCCUGAUAUCUGUGACCCUGCACUCGUGCUGUGGUCCCGAAGGAUCCCUGCUGCACUUGAUACUGAGAGCUCACAGCUGCAAUUAGCUCCCACAAAGGAGACCUGUGACAGGGCCCUGUACGUACAAUGUGCAGAGUCCGUGGCAGAGUUGGUGGCAAGCAGGGGCCUCGCAACACAUGUGUGCUCAGUAAGGGACAUUGUGGGCUGUGCUGUCACACUCGUUGUGUUUGGUGUCAAAGAUUACUUCAAAUCCACAGGUCGCAAAACACAAAACAGUAACAGGAAUGUAAUGACGGACGUUAAACUAGAAAUGGCGAUUACAGAUCUCCUAGUGAGUGCUGGGUGUGACGCCGUGAUAGUAAAUACACCUAACGAGUUGGCGCUUCUGGUGGUGCAGUUCACUAAAGCUAUAGCUGAAUCUCCCUACAAGAAAGCUAAGCGUGAAUGUGACGAACAAGCGGAGUUUUACAUGAGAGGCGUGAACAAGCAGUGUGUGGCGAUUGAUAAAAAUGGGAAUGGUAAGAGUAGACUAUGGCAGCAAAUGGUGGCAAUUUUACCGCAGUCCAGCUUAGAAACAUCGCGAGCUAUCUGUGCACAAUACAAAACUCCCAAGAUGCUUUACGAGGCUUUGCAAACUCAACAUGCUGUUAAUGAAAUAGCAGAUAUUGGUGUGGCACGGGCGGGAGUUCCUGAUGCAAGAUCACGAAGAGUUGGCCCGGAAUUCGCAAGAAGACUUCAAAUAUUAUUUUCUGCUGAGGAUGGAGAUGUUUUAGUUGAAUAAGUGAAAUGUGAUUAUAAAGUUAUUUUUAGGUAUUAAAAGUUUUUUGUUCAUUCA